GCAGUUUGCACAAUUGCUUGCUUCUGCUGCGGUACCCUUAUCUGAUUGAAGCUAAAGAUCGAAACUUUGAAGAAUAACAAGAAGAAAGACAAUGACAGUGGCAAUGAGUGUUUGUGUUUCAUCGUUCUACAACCGUUUUCCAAUUUGUUCCAAUUCCAAGGUUUCUUCAAAGCCUGUAGCUGUCCUUAAAAUGGGUGUCCCUUACGAUCUGAAACAAGGGCAGUGUCGUGUUUUCCACCAGCUCCCAUCUGGUCUGAACAUGGAGGUGAUUGUGCAGAAGAAGAGGAGAAAUGUUGAAGAUUACCCACCUUUGGUGUUUGUUCAUGGUAGCUACCAUGCUGCUUGGUGCUGGGCUGAACACUGGUUCCCUUUCUUUUCAGCUUCUGGCUAUGAUUGCUAUGCUCUCAGCUUAUUAGGACAGGGUGAAAGUGAUGCACCUGCUGAUUCUGUUGCUGGUACACUUCAGACACAUGCAAGAGAUGUUGCGGAUUUUAUCCAUCAACAAGUUAGAUCACCUCCUGUUUUGCUUGGACAUUCAUUUGGAGGACUUAUUAUUCAGUAUUAUAUUUCAAGUUUAGGAAGUAACGGCCUCAAAGAAAAUUUAUACCCAAAGCUUAGAGGAGCUGUCCUUGUUUGCUCUGUACCUCCUUCUGGUAAUAGUGGGCUAGUCUGGCGAUAUCUAUUUUCCAAGCCAAUUGCUGCCUUCAAGGUGACGCGUAGCUUGGCAGCAAAAGGUUUUCAAAGCUCUCUUUCUCUUUGUAAGGAGACAUUUUUCUCAGAUACAAUGGAGGAUCAUGUUGUUAAAAGAUAUCAAGAGCUAAUGAAAGAAAGUUCAAGGAUGCCAUUGUUUGACUUAAGAAAGCUGAACGCAUCUCUUCCAGUUCCUUCGACGCCAAACUGCCCUCUUGAUAUUCUUGUUUUGGGUGCCAACAAUGACUUCAUCGUGGAUGCGGAAGGACUCAGAGAAACAGCAAAGUUUUAUGGGGUGUCCCCAGUUUGUGUCGAAGGAGUUGCUCAUGACAUGAUGUUAGACACUUCAUGGGAGAAAGGUGCAGAAGUUAUUCUUUCAUGGCUAAAUGGUUUAAACAAGUAAUAGUGUGUUUGGAUUCGCGGUGGGAACACCAUCUAAAGUUCAGUAGCUCCAGAAGCUACACUUUGUAACUUCUCCCUAAAGGUGAUUAUGGUUUCUUAUCGUAUAACCAAACACGCUAUAAGAAGCAAGACAUGGCAGAGGAAAUCUUUUUGGUUCAUUUCCCAUUUUUCUAUGAGGACAUGCCUUUCUUUGUCUUGUUUGAAUUUUCAAAUAGUUAAAAAUGAUGUAGAAGAUGCUCCAAGCUUCAAGUUGAGGCAAUAGAGGAAGGUCCAUGCAGGAGUGUGAUUGAGCUGUAUUAUUACAUUGAUGUAGACUUACAUUAUUCAUAAAAAUAUUUGCAACUUUUGGGGAGUAAUGAUAUGUACACACUUCAUUUUCUAAACA